GAUGACCGCCGGGUCUUACUUUGGCAUAUGGAAGAAGCCAUCCACUCAAGAGUCAAGCCAGUUCAGCUGAAAGGGGAGCAUCACUCUAAUAUCUUCUGCCUAGCUUUCAACAGUGGCAAUACGAAAGUGUUCUCUGGAGGCAAUGAUGAGCAAGUUAUACUCCAUGAUGUUGAAAGCACUGAGACCUUGGAUGUGUUCGCCCAUGAAGAUGCAGUGUACGGCCUUUCAGUGAGCCCAGUAAAUGACAACAUCUUUGCCAGUUCAUCAGAUGAUGGCCGAGUACUUAUCUGGGACAUCCGAGAGUCUUCCCAUGGAGAGCCCUUCUGCUUGGCACACUACCCAUCAGCUUUUCACAGUGUGAUGUUUAAUCCAGUAGAACCCAGAUUACUGGCUACUGCCAACUCUAAGGAAGGUGUGGGGCUCUGGGAUAUUCGUAAACCUCAGAGUUCGCUGCUCCGCUAUGGUGGAAACCUCUCCCUUCAGAGUGCCAUGAGUGUCCGGUUCAACAGCAAUGGAACCCAGCUGCUGGCACUGCGUCGGCGCCUUCCCCCGGUCCUCUAUGACAUCCACUGCCGGCUGCCUGUCUUCCAGUUCGACAACCAAGGGUACUUCAACUCAUGUACCAUGAAGAGCUGCUGUUUUGCAGGUGAUCGUGAUCAGUACAUCCUGUCGGGCUCUGAUGACUUCAAUCUGUAUAUGUGGAGGAUUCCUCCAGAUCCAGAAGCAGGUGGCAUUGGCAGGGUUGUCAAUGGUGCUUUUAUGGUAUUGAAAGGUCAUCGGUCAAUUGUAAACCAAGUCCGGUUUAAUCCUCACACUUACAUGAUCUGUUCUUCUGGCGUUGAAAAGAUUAUAAAGAUCUGGAGUCCUUACAAACAGCCUGACUGCACAGGCGAUCUGGAUGGUCGAAUUGAGGAUGAUUCACGUUGCCUCUACACUCAUGAAGAGUACAUCAGUCUUGUGUUGAACAGUGGUAGUGGUUUGUCCCAUGAUUAUGCCAACCAGUCAGUCCAGGAAGACCCACGGAUGAUGGCCUUUUUUGACUCCCUGGUGCGUCGGGAGAUUGAGGGCUGGAGUUCUGACUCGGACAGCGACCUCAGUGAGAGCACAAUCCUGCAGCUCCAUGCAGGAGUAAGUGAACGCUCCGCUUACAGCGAGUCGGAGUCCUCUGCCUCUUUGCAUCACUCCCCACCACAUGGGGCUGAAGAGUCUGAUGAAACUGCCUAUAACUUAAGGGCCUUAAGAUCAACUGAAUCCCCCUCGGCCAGAGAAGACGUGGCUUCCCGUCAGCAGAGGCUCUCUGCACUGAGAAAGUAUCAGGAUAAACGUCUCCUGGCCCUUUCCAAUGAGUCUGAUUCUGAUGACAAUACCUGUGAGGCAGAACUAGAUACAGACCUCUUCCCACGGCCACGGUCGCCGAGUCCUGAGGAGAAUGAAUCCAGCAGUUCUAGCAGCAGCAGCAGUACAGAAGAUGAAGAGGAACUGCAUGAACGACGCACAUCUAUGAGGCAACGCAAUGCACUGAGGCGCCGACAGAAGGUGCAAAAGGAGGAAAGGACUAGCACUAACACGGAGAAUGUGACCCCCUACAUAGGUGAGGAUAUCUACGAUUACCCCCAGAUCAAAGUAGAUGAUCUGUCGUCUUCUCCAGCUUCUUCGCCUGAAAGGAGUUCAGCCAACAAAGAAGUUCUCAAAGAAAGGACCUCUCCUUGUUCAGACAGUGAAUCAGUGGAGAGAAAGAUUUACAAAGCUUACAAAUGGCUUCAUUAUUCUUACAUAUCAUAUUCGGCCAGCAAAGAUGGUGAGUCCUCCAGAGGAGAUGGGGAGAAUGACGAAGGGAAACCAGGAACUAGUGGAAGGCACAGUACUGCACACUUGCUAAAUAAGGAAGAUGGUUGGAACUUGAGUUCAGUAGUUGCUCAAGGUUCCCCAGCUCUUUCUACUGAAAGCCACAACAAAGAAACUUUAACAGAACGUGGUUUGAUAGAAAAUUCUAGUAAUGGUCAAGCUCAUGAAUGUGACAAUCAGCGGCGAAUGGACAGUCAAGAGAACACAUCUGAAGACACUAGCAGUGGAGGUAUAGAGCAUUCUUUUGAGACUAAAAAGCUCAAUGGAAAAGCUAACUGCAAAGGGCUAAAUAGUUGUACUGAAGAACCAUCCUCAAGCCAUCACUCACUGGUCCCUCCGUUCUCCACCGUUGCUGUCUGUAGCAUGUCAGGUCACUGCUCCAGAAACCAGACUGAUGACAGUGAGGAGAGGAGCCUUGACACCACCUGUAUUAACCACAAUAACGGCCACUUGCAUCUUCGCCCUUCGUGCUUCAACAAUGGACAGAGUUUUGGAGAGCAGGAGACACUGACGCAAGGACUACAGGUGCACUCAAAUGCUGAUAAUGGCAGCCUUGUACAGAUGAUCAUGAGCUUGCACAAAGACUGCUGCCUGUCUGAAAUGGACUCCAACAGCUGCAGUGUGAGCACAAGAGAGGAUACUGCUGACUUGCAUCCUACAGGCAGUGAGAGUAGUCAAUCUCUUGGAGGACUGAAAAGACACAGAGCGGAGUUCGAAGAUGCAGAUUCAGAGAGUUCAUCCUUAGAAAAGAAGUUAAAAACAUGA